CUGCAUCACAGGUUAUAUCGAGUUCCCCUGUGGUUGGUUGUUUACUAACCGAGCUCAGGCUAAUGAACACGGACCUUGGCCGCCUGGCCCUCUCUGUAACAAUGUUUUCCGAUGUUAUGGGCAGAUGUAUGGUUGGGGUGGCCAUGGACUUAUGAAAUCCAGAUAAGAAAUCAAACCCAUUAAACCCAAAAGCAAAUUACUUUCUUUGAUUGAUUUCACUGAUGGGAAAGGCACUCCCUUCACGGACCCGGUUCCAAGAUUUGACCCGAAUCAUCGCCGCCGACAAGCUCCCGCGGCCCAGACGCGUAAAGCAAGCGUCCCAAGUUCGAAUUUCGUCCCCGCAGCCGAAACCGGUCGACCCGGAGCGGGUGAAGCUGAGGAUAGAGAGCUCCGAGCGGCAGAACCGGGUUCCUCUGGCCCGGAAGGUGUCGGACUGCGUGCGGCGGUGGUUUCAGGACACGCUCAAGGAGGCAAGGGCGGGCGAUAGCUCCAUGCAGGUGUUGGUGGGUCAGAUGUAUUGCAGCGGCUAUGGUGUUCCUAAAGACCCCAGAAAGGGACAUGCUUGGAUGAAUAAAGCUUCGAAAAGUAGAGCUUCGGUUUGGAAAGUGAGCGAUAAGCCUCCAGGUUACAAUGCAAGUGACUCUAACUCGGAUGAAUUGAAAGACGACACGAAGUAAGGCCGAAUGUUCUUUCUCAUUUUUGAGUUCACUUCUGGGUUUGAUUAAUUUUCUUCCAUUCCGACUGUUAUUGGAGAAACUUUGCAGAUGAGUUUUCGAUGCGAUCUUCUUGCAUUUCUUAGUAAUGGAAGGGUUCGUAUUUACUGUCUCUUCA